CAUUAAAAACAAUCGAGAUUUUAUAACAUAAAAAAACGAGAGAAUAUAUUAAAUAAAUCGACAUUCACACUUCGAGUUAGUUGGUGUUGGCAUUUAACAGCUGCUGGGCAUAUAUUUCUAACUGUGUUGCAGUUUAUAAAGCUAAGUUAAAAUUGUAUUAUUUUAAUAACUUGUUUUCAUUAUUAUACAAUGCGCCUGGGUGGCGUGCUACGAUGCCGCAGCGUUAUUAAACAACAAUAUGUGCCGCAGCACAAGCCCGCGUUGGAUGAUGAUAUAAAACGCCUGGAGGAUUUCCUGCUAUCCAGACCAAAUAUUUUGGUACUUACUGGCGCGGGCAUAUCAACAGAAUCAGGCAUACCCGACUAUCGUUCUGCCGGCGUUGGCUUGUACGCGCGCACCAAUCACAAACCCAUCCAGCAUAGCGAAUUCUUGAAAUCCGCCGGAGUACGAAAACGUUAUUGGGCACGGAAUUUUGUGGGUUGGCCAAAUUUCUCAGCUACCCAGCCAAAUGCUACACAUCAUGCUUUAGCGCGAUUCGAGCGUGAGUUACGCAUCCAAGCGGUGGUCACUCAGAAUGUGGAUCGUUUGCACAGCAAGGCGGGCACCAAGAACAUUGUGGAGCUGCAUGGCAGCGGCUAUGUGGUCAAGUGUUUGGACUGUGAUUAUCGUAUCGAAAGGCACGAAUUCCAAAACAUACUCACCUCCAUGAACCCGGCAUUCAAGGAUGCACCGGAUAUGAUACGACCCGAUGGCGAUGUCGAAAUCCCAGCUGAAUAUAUUGAAAACUUUCAAAUACCCGCAUGUCCGCACUGCGAUGGCAAUUUGAAGCCAGAGAUUGUAUUCUUCGGCGAUUGUGUGCCAAGGGAUCGACUCGAAGCGAUUGCCAAGAUGGUCUACACCAGCGAUGGACUAUUAGUGCUGGGAUCCAGUCUGCUCGUCUUCUCCGGCUAUCGCAUAGUGCUACAGACGAAGGAUUUGAAGUUGCCAGUGGCAAUAGUCAAUAUCGGAGAGACGCGUGCAGAUCAUUUGGCUGAUAUCAAGAUCUCCGCCAAAUGCGGUGAUGUCUUGCCCAAACUCUUCGAUUAUCGUGCCACAACUUAGAAAUCGAAACAAAACUUUUAUUUGUUGCUAUUAAUUGUAAUAUAUAUAAUUUGUUAAACAUUGUCGAAG